CUGCCUACUUUCUAGGAGCUAUUCUGGGCUUUUUCUUCUUCCCUGUUCUCCGGCUGAGAGCAGCCUAGGUUACUGGUGUUACUCUAAAAGCCACCCUUCAUUCUCACUCCGGAAGCUGGUGUUGUAGCAGGGAAAGAGGUACGGAGUGGUCUGCACUCGCUAUGUCCACCAACAAUAUGUCCGACCCACGGAGACCCAACAAAGUGCUGAGGUAUAAGCCUCCGCCCAGCGAGUGCAACCCAGCUCUGGACGACCCGACGCCGGACUACAUGAAUCUCCUCGGCAUGAUCUUCAGCAUGUGCGGCCUCAUGCUUAAGCUGAAGUGGUGCGCUUGGGUUGCUGUCUACUGUUCCUUUAUCAGCUUUGCCAACUCUCGGAGCUCGGAGGACACGAAGCAGAUGAUGAGCAGUUUCAUGCUCUCCAUCUCUGCCGUGGUGAUGUCCUAUCUGCAGAAUCCUCAGCCCAUGACACCCCCAUGGUGAUGUUACCUAGAGGACUUGGAUCCUGGACUCCUGCCCACCUUCUCUCUGGUCUAGCCUUUGGCUGCCUCCAACCUGCCCUUAGCUGCUGUCCUUAAACUUGCCUGUGUGUUGUCUCUGGUCUCCCAGUUGGAUGGAGGAAGCUGACCCUUUCUUCGGGGUCCCGCUUCUGCUUUGACAGAGGGGUAAACCCACAGAUUUCCCUUUUGUUUUCCCUCCCCUGGCCACUGUUAUGGGAAACACUGUUCAUGUUUCUAAAUAUGCACUAGUUUUCUUGUUGAAACCAGUUGAUAUAAAAAUUUCCACUCUGAA